AUGUCAAACGAUACUGAUGUUUUGGUGGUGAGGACCGUCAAUAAUAGAAUCACGUCGAACAUUGUUUACAGAUGAUAUACAUUUCCCUAUACGUGAUUUUACUGAUAUCCUCCCUCCUAUACAUCCCAAUCAUGGUGCAUCUUCGUAAGAACGUCCAUCUACCGUCCGUCGCCCAAAACCGUCCGCACAAGUACAUUCUCUACCAGACGAUCGCGAUUGUCGCUGUCAAACUUCUCAACACGCCAUUUCCUCUUGGGCUUUGGCUUUAUGGAACAGAGCCAGUGUACAUAUUGUUAGUCAACUUUUUGCCGGACAUCAUCACCACUCCACUCGUCAUACAAUUCUCGUAUUUGUGUGCGAACAAACGCAACGCCAAGGCUUUCUUCUCCGUAUUUCUCGGCCCACCUUAUCAGAAAUUGAUGCUAUUUAUACGCAAAUCGUUGCGUCGAUCCGCUCGAAUUCAUACGGAACCCGACGAGCUUCACACUUCCCCGAGGAUUCCGAAUAACUCUUAA